AUGCGGGACGUCCUCCAAACUGAAGAACUCGAGGUCCCUGAGGGUGUUGCCAUUGAAAUAAAGUCACGCGUUAUCAAAGUCACUGGCCCACGGGGUACCCUUACGAAGAAUGUCCGUCACGUCGAUAUGGAUAUUCGGGUGUUGAAGACCAAGAAGAGCAGCAAGGUUACUCUUGCAGUGUGGCAAGGUGGGCGCAAGCAUGUCGCAUGUCUACGGACAAUCCGAAGCUUGAUUAACAACAUGGUCAUUGGUGUGACUAAGGGCUUCCUCUACAAAAUGCGCGCUGUAUAUGCCCAUUUCCCUAUCAACGCUAUCAUCCAAGAUAGUGGAAGCGCUAUCGAGAUCCGUAAUUUCCUGGGAGAAAAAACUGUACGACACGUAAAGAUGCUCGGUGGUGUUUCUAUUUCAGAGUCAAAGGCUCAAAAAGACGAGCUUAUUCUUGAGGGCAAUGAUAUUGAGAAUGUUUCGCAAUCAGCCGCCUCCAUUCAGGGUGUCUGCCGUGUACGAAACAAGGAUAUCCGUAAAUUCUUGGAUGGUAUCUACGUAUCCGACCGCACGACCAUCACUCAAGAGUAG